AUGACAACCAUCACGCUUCCACCCGAAACAGUCAAAGAAUCUUUAAACCUGCGAGCUUAUGGCGGAGAGAUUGAAAACGUGAAACUCUUGACGCCCUUGUCGCGAAACACCCCCGUUGAGGAACUUCGACGACGGUACCGUGAAGAUGGUGUAAUCUGGAUCAAAAACAUCAUCAACCGAGACCUCGUCAACAAGUGUCGUCGUGAGUACCUCAACUUCGUCAAUCAGGGAUCCGGCAUGUUGAAACCCGACACCGAUCCAGAAGAGGGCAUCUUUUCCGGCGCAGACUGGCGCGACUUCGUCCUCCCCGGCGGUGUCCGACUAGCCAUGGGCCUUGAAGAUAAAGGUCCGUUUGUCGAUAACGCGAUCAAUAGCCACGUGGCACCGUUUUAUCUUGCAUUUAAAGACGAAGUGGCCCGGCAGGUAGAACCGUUCGUCGGGGAGCUUUGCGGCUUUGAGGACCCGUGGUGUUUGCCUCGGUCGUUGUUGAGGUGCGCAGUUCCGGGCGCCGAGUCGACGCCUGUGCAUUACGAUCAGAUCUUCCUUCGCGCAGCACCGCCGACUAGUAUCACUGCUUGGGUGCCGAUCGGGGAUAUUGAGAGAAAAGGUGGAGGGUUGAUCUAUCUGCACCGGUCGCAUGAUCUGGGAAAGCAGUAUGAGGAUGACUUCACGCGUCUGAAUGCGAACCUCACCGAUGCGGAGAAGAUCUCCGCAGUCAAUCAAAAUAUGAAUAAGGGUGGGUGGCUUGAUCGGAACUCGUCACAAUUUGGAAGGAAUUGGGGUAGGGAGUGGUUUGUGGGAGAGUAUGAGGCCGGUGACAUCGUUUUUCAUAACCCAUACAUGAUCCAUGCUGGCGCCAUGAAUGAGUCGGAUAAGGGUCGGAUCCGAGUAUCGACCGACCUCCGCUUUGUAGACAAACGCCAGCCGUUCGAUGAAAGAUGGACAGUGGCAGCGUUCAGCGAGGAAGACCCCAACUUGGCUCGCAAAAUUGAGAGACGUAAAUAG